AUGUCUGAGACGGAGAAGACGCUGGACGAGCGCGGCAUGAUCGGGCGUAAGGCAUCGCAGCACUGGGGAAAGCUUCCGACAAUGAAAGGCUCGCGGGAGGUGCCCACGGGCCGAAUGAUGAAAUGCCAGGGGCAUUUCAUGAUGGUUGUGUUGUUGGAUAGCCAGUUGAAGAUGCUGGAAGGCCCCGAGUGCCGGCGGGUGGCGACGGCGUCUAUAGAGUGGUUGAUUGGGGUGCGAGGGUUCUCGAGGAUCCAGAAGGUGACAGUAGCAUGUGGCCUCGAAGUGCUGAUAAGUUUAUCCAGUACUUUCAUAUCCAAGGCUUGCCAAGUCAUUCAUCCGGCCUUAGUGCGAAUUCUCGAAGUGAUAGCUCACACGCCGAACAUGGAUCCUUUCAUCACUUGCAUCGUGAAUAUUUGGGACACAUCAGUUUCAUAUGAUCCACCCGUGUCCUUGUUUCCCGUCCUCCGUCGAUUGACAUGGGAUGCCAAUACUACCCGCAGCGCUGCAGAGUUCUUGCGCAUACUCACCAUCUUCGAAUAUAAGGCGUCUGGUGGCAUAUUACUUAUGCUGCUACGAGCUCUGCAGCCGACAAAGAAGAUGGUUUCUCCUUGA